CAUUUUGUAAGAUCACUUACAAGUUACAUCAAUCAUCAGUUGUCGAUAGUAAACAAUAAACAAUCCAAUAAAACGUAAAAGUAGCACAAGAUAAAACAACAAAGAACUUACAUGGUCCCGAAAAAUGUGAUGACCAGAAUAAUAUUUACAAAAACAACAUUGUUUUUAUGGGGGGGAAAUUGGAGACAUCUAUUAAGUUACCAAAAGCAAGAAAGGAAAUGCAGCUAGCCAAACAAGUCAUUUCGUUUAUUAAGCUACCAAAACCAAAUUUUAUUUUUACGUUCAAAAACUUCUGCUUGUACAAAUCCAAUGGAACAAGGUAUAUUAUGAACAAGCACAAGUCUCUUUUGAAGUCUUCACAUGAAAAAAUCAGUUUCUGGCCUCUGGAAAAUUUUAAAAAAAAAAAAAGAUAGCUGAAUUAGAUCCCAAUAAUUCUUCUUCCCUCUGUGGUUUCGUGGUGGGAAGUCAAUCGCCCAACUCCAUCGCCACUCCUACUGAAACGACAGCCGCAGAGGUAAAUUGUUGAUUGGUUUCUCCCAUGUUUCAUGGUCGUUUUGGAUCUUCUUGCUUCAACAAAGUAAUUGCAUAUCAUUGUGCUCCCACCUUUUCUGUCAUAUCAUUGUGUUAUUCACUUCGCCUCCACCACUUUCAAUUAUUCGAUCUCGUUCUUGGCCUUUCCAUUGACCUAUUCGAGAACCAUUUUGCAUGUUAUAAUCUAUAACCUAAAUCAUCACCAAUUCUUUAUUUCGGUCUCCUCACAAGAGAAAACUAUUUAUUGUUGGGCUCUCUAUUCAUCCUAUUUUUCCCUUACUACUUGGGGAUUUUUCAGUUUUUCUAUAGUUGGAGGAGGGAAGGUGAGGAACUCCGCCUAUAACUUUUGUGAUGGAGGUAUGACUCUUUAAUUACCAGAUUAUUAUAUGGAUUUGUUUCCUUUAUAAUUUAAUCUGAGUUCUUUGAGGAAUUUUACAAUGUUUUAUCGUAUUGAUAAUUUUAUUUUAAAAAAAAUCAUUCAUGGUACAGACCGAAUUUUUACCUUUAACGUUACUUAUGGUAUAAACUUAGUUUGUAUCUUUAUAUUUCUUGUACAAUUCUUUUUAUGAUACAAACUGAAUUUGUACCUUUAUGAUACAAGUUGAGCUUAUACCUUUAAUGCAAUGCUACAAGUUCAUUUUUUUAUAUCGAAGCACCAAUACUUUAGAAUAUAGUAGAAGGGUUCUAGUUCUAACGCAAAUACUCCCAAACAAAUUAUAGAUAAAAAAAUGGUGAAAUCACUAAGUUGUUCCUUAUAUGGAGCUAUAUACACGUAUAUAAUAUCAUUUGUGAUGUGUCGUAUUGUACUGGGCGGUUUUGUCGAUUAAAUCAUUUCCCUUUGGUUAACCCAUGAUUUGUUUUAUCAUAAUAUUAUAAUUACUUUUUAGCUGCUUAGUCAUUAUACCUCUGUUAAUACUCUGAAUCGUUAGUCUCACCAAUGAAACCAUUUUAUGUUUUAACAAUUCAUGGUAUUUAAUCCUUUGUUCUCCUGGAAAACGUAUUUAAUAGUUUGUACUAUGGAAAGUACACUUGCCAUUAUGUCCUCUGUUUGUUGGAUUGUCUUCUGGAGUUCUGGUAGUGAGAAGUGUGUAUGCCCACCAAGCCUUGCCUUAGAAAUCCAGCAAUGUAGGAAGGAGCAGAUACAAUAAAACUAAAAAUGGGGAGAAAAUACAGAAUAAAGAGUAGAGACAGAAAGAUGACUUCCAAAUUGAGGUUAUUACAUAUUUGCCUUAGCCUUUACUUUUUCUCAAACAUAAAGUUACACAUAAUCUUAGUAGUAGGCAGGGAAGGGUUGUGAUUAGGCUGUUAAUUUUGCCAAUCAUCAUGAUUAAAUGAAAACCAAGAGACUUAAUUGUUAAUUCAUCCAUCCAAAGAGUUCUGUGUAGUUGGUGUUUGAUUAAGAAACUUCACAUGGUUUCCUCCUAUAGAGUUCUAUUAAUUGCAUGUCACCAAAACAUAUUUAUAUGUAAUGAAGGUCUUAGGUACUUAAUUAAUCAGUUUUGAGGUCAAAUAGAAGUGCAUGGAAGAUUGACAACCAACCCCACAAACAUUGAGGUUUCUUUCACAUGUUGGUUAGGUUAGGUGAAACUUGUAACAUUGUAACCGUUAUUUGAGUUGGCAUGCCAUUUUCAUUUGCUUGUUAUACAGUCUAGCUACAUGUACAUAUGAAAAUCAGAAAGAAAUCCAACCACAGUAUUAUAAAGUAGACAACACGAUAUAUAUGUUUUCCCGAAUAUAACUAGGUUGCAAUAAUGUUUACUUGAUACAAAUUAGGUGUGCCCUCUUAUGUGUUACAAUGUCUACUUGUUUUUACUUCAAUCUUUUUGUUAGGACUAACCAAGAAAUAAAAGUAUACAUCGGACGUAUUUUGAGACGGAUACAAAUUUAUACAAUUAAUUAGAAGUUCAAGACGUUAACAAAUAAAACUCUAUACGACCAACUCAUCCACAUUAAAGAGAAGUAUAAUUCGAAUUGAAUACAAAUUUCUAACCAAACAAAUCUCUCAUUUGUGAUCUAUCUUUUCCCGCACAUUCUUAUGCAACACUCUUUCACUGAGCGGAGCGGCGGAGCCUAAUUGCAGAGUGUCACAAGUGCCUUCCUAGCUCUGCUCCAUCAUACUCGUCUUGUGGUUUCGUAGUAAUUCGCUUUGACUAUUGUACUUCGUCAUAAGUCCUUGGGAAUUAUAUGAGUAGUUUUUGAAUUGGAAGAUUCAAUAGUGUUUGGUUUCAAUUGCUUUUGUGCGCAAAACACAUUAGGAUGAUUUUGUUUUUACGAUGUAUAGUUUAUUUAUUGUCCGAACAAUAUCAAGGAUAACCAACAUAGUGUUAUAUAUAUAGCAAUGAGCAGGAUUAUCGUAGGGCUUUCAAACUAAAGGAAACCAUUCCGCUCAUGACUUAUUGUCUCUGAUUGUAUCUCGUACUUUCUUGUUCAGAAUAUUUCUCCAUUUGCAUUCCUACCCAGGUCAACCCAUCAUCAUUUACACUUAGAUACAACAUUAAAUCAUCCUUCACCUGCAUUAGUUUUUUUUCAGAGUAAGGAGCCCUUAACUUACAAUAUAACACUCUUACAAUCAAAAUGAGAAUUGAAAAGGAAUCAGUUAUUGGAGCUAACCUGUUAGUCAUCCAUGAGUACUAUAGUGCUUUGGUAUACUCAUCAUUAGCCUGGAUUUGUCUAGUGCCAACUUGGGAUGUUACUAAUCUGUACCAAAAACAACAACCACAACAAAAAGGAAGCUUCUUUGGUUUGCACAACAUAACUAGCAACUCUAAAUUACAACUGGAUUAGGUAUGUACCAAAUUUCCCAAAAUUCCACUCUCUCUAGCUUCUCUGUCUCUGUUUGCUUAACUGAGAUAGCCAUGGAAGCUCUGGACUUCUGGAUUUGCCCUUAACUGAAAUUUCUCCAACCCCCACUCACAUGGCGACCUGUACGUUGUAACUAGGCCAGCUGCAAACUGUCUGAUCAGAUCACCCAAGCCAACAUACUCAUCAUUCAUGGCCAUGACCAUGGGACCCCACAUCUUUCGAGUUCUGAACCCUUCCACAUUGUCAUUUUGCCAAUGGUCAGAAAAUGGUGGCUCCCAACUCAAACCUUUGACCCUAGAUUAGAACAAAAGUUCUAUUCAUAUAUGAGGGAUUGAUCCCCAUUAAGCAUGUCCUUUUCUAAAUUUAAUAGGGUUUCAAUUCUUCUGGACUUCUUGUUGUUACCAACUAUGGUUCUCAAUAUUUGACCUAAACGGCUAAACCGAACUCAAAUGCCUUUUUGAAUGGUGAAAAUGAACCCUAUAAUCACGAAGUAUACCCAUUACCAUAAGUAUAAUCCAAAUAGCCAUUUUGCUUGGUUCUGUGUGAAGCCAGCUCUGAACCUGAUCUAGGAGGAUAGCAACUUAUGGUCUGCCAGUAAACAGAACUCCAUAAUCAUACCCCACCAUUCUUCACCCAAGCCUUUCCUUCUCGUUAGGGAAUGAGACCAGACCACGCCCCCCAGAAAAGAAUAAAAAGAAAUAUUAACUUUGAAAUCACUCAAGUCUCAAACACCUCCUUUGUCUCUCUCUCUCUCUCUCUCUCUAUCUCUCUUUAUCCCCUGUUUCGCUGUCCAUCUUCUUCUUUCCUUUCUCUCUAGAGAGAGAGAUAUGAAGAAGAGAAGGCAGCAGCUGAAAGUUGUUAGCAGAAGAUACACAAAACUAAGGUGGAGAGGGGAACUGAAAAACAAUCCUUGAGAAUGACUUCUCCCCCUCCACCAGCACCCUAAACACCCAGUUUCUUCCCAAGACAAACCCAUCUCACCAAAUCCCAUUUUCUUCCCAAAAAAAAUCCUCCCCAACAACAAAGAAGAGAAAAAGAUUGGUUCUUUGGAUGUAAGUAAGUAUGUAAGCAAGUCCCUUUCUUUUCCACUAAGCUUUUAUCAAACCUCUGUUUUCUUAUUCCCUUCUUCUCCUGCUUCUAAUUUCAGUUUCUUCUACCCACACACUUCUGUUUAUCAAGUCUUUAUAUAAUACAAUCUCAUUCUUCUUUCCCUUCAAUUGCUUUCGCUUCUUCUUUUUUCCUUAACAUGCAGCCGUCGAUUCGAAGGAAAUCCCAUCACUUCUCGUCUUUCACAGCGGCAGCAAUGAAGCAGAGGAAGAACAACAACCUCUCUGUUUUCGUCGUCGUCUUCUCCAUCUUCCUCUUCGGGAUCUUCAUGUACAAUGAAGACGUCAAGUCAAUGGCCGAGUUCCCCUUCUCCUGGCCCACUUCCCAAGAAGCCGCCCAAGAUCCCGACUCAACCACCGCCGCUGUAGAGUUAGUAGAAGAAGAAGGAGACGAUUUGGACGACGUGGAACUGCCGCCGGAAGAUUGCGAUCUGUACAACGGCCAAUGGGUGUUCGACAACGCGACCCACCCACUGUACAAGGAGGAGAAAUGCGAGUUCUUGACGGCGCAGGUGACUUGUAUGCGGAACGGAAGGAAGGACUCCAUGUACCAGAACUGGAGGUGGCAGCCCAGAGACUGCUCUUUGCCCAAGUUCAAGGCGAGGCUGCUGCUGAAGAAGCUGAGGAACAAGAGGCUGAUGUUCGUUGGUGACUCGCUGAAUCGAAACCAGUGGGAAUCAAUGAUUUGCUUGGUCCAGUCCGUGAUCCCUCCAGAAAGAAAGAGCUUGAACAAGACGGGUUCUCUGGCUGUUUUCAGGAUCGAGGACUACAACGCGACGGUGGAGUUCUACUGGGCGCCGUUCCUGGUGGAAUCGAACUCCGACGACCCGUUGAUGCACAGCAUCCUGAACAGGAUCAUAAUGCCCGAGUCCAUAGACAAGCACGGCGCCAACUGGAAGGACGUGGACUACCUCAUCUUCAACACCUACAUCUGGUGGAUGAACACCUUCACAAUGAAAGUCCUACGAGGAUCGUUCGAUGAUGGAGCAACGGAGUACGAAGAGAUCUCACGGCCCGUAGCUUACCAGAGAGUGUUGAAUACCUGGUCCAACUGGGUUGACCAAAACGUGGAUCCUAAUCGUACUAUGGUGUUCUUCAGCAGCAUGUCCCCUCUCCAUAUCAAGAGCGAGGACUGGGAGAAUCCGAGCGGAAUAAAGUGUGCGCUCGAAACGACGCCGAUUCUGAACCAAACGAUGCCGCUGGAGGUGGGGACGGACCGGCGGCUGUUGGUGAUAGCGGCGAACGUGACGGCGGGGAUGAAGAUUCCCGUCCACUUCAACAACAUAACGAAGUUGUCGGAAUACCGGAAAGACGCGCACACGUCGGUGUACACGAUCCGGCAGGGGAAGAUGCUGUCGCCGGAGCAGCAGGCGGAUCCGGCGACGUACGCCGACUGCAUACAUUGGUGCCUGCCCGGGUUGCCCGAUACGUGGAACGAGUUCCUCUAUACCCGCAUUAUUUCUCGCCCCUGACAAUUUAGGGAGCUGAGGGCAGAACAGUAAAAUAACGCCCGCAAUCACCAUACAGCCCAGAGGGGAAAAAGAAAAAAAGAAUGAUUUUUGGUUCUUUUUGUGAAUUAAUUUUGGGCAAUUUUUAUUUACUUUUGCAAAAUGUGAAGAGGGUUACUGUAAAUUGAAUUUUUUUACUGCUAGGAUGCCCGCCGGUGGAACAUAAGGUGGUGUAAACAUAAAACUCUAUCGAUUCUGGCAUCUGAUGUCUCUCUUUUUUUUUUUUUUUUUUUACUGCCUUUCACGGUAACUCGAAUUCUGAGUGCCGCGGUAAUUUUACGAUGGGAACGGCGUAUAGGGUUAAGGGAAGUGAAAGGCACAAAAUGAGGUGAUUGUGCCGUUAAUUGGGGCGGGAAAGGUGGAGUGGGAGACCAGCACAUUAGCCUUUUGUUUCUUUUUGUUUUUAUCACUGUUUGCAACUGUAAAAUGUCACCGCUACAAAGCAGAAUAAUGAUUGCAGAAGAAGACUGUCUCAAGUAAAUUGUCAAAUUAUGA